CGACCAGCAACAACUCAACCAACGGCCACCAUAUCAUCACAUCCAAGUCUUCGAAUCCUCCAUCAGAGACUCGACACCCAACAGCCAAGCCAGACCAGCAAAAAACCCAUGACAACAGAUACAGACGCCACGUCCCUGCUGGCGGCCUUCAACUGCAGGGACAACAUCCACCUCAUCAUCGGCACCAACCCCCUGGCAGCAUCACGAUGCGGACAAUCCCUCAACGCCGGGGCGAAACCCGUCCUCAUCGCUCCCGAAACAGCCGAGCUCCACUACGGUCUAGCUAAGAGGAUAGAAGCAGGGGAAGUAAAAUGGCACAAGAAGGAAUUCCAGGACAACGACCUCUUCACCCUGGGAAGGGAAGACGUCGGAGGUGUGGUCGACGUCGUGUUCGUCACCUCGGGACCUCGCGACCCCUCGAGCACCCAUAUCUCCUCCCUCUGCAAAAAGAACCGCAUCCCCAUCAACGUCGUCGACGCCCCUCACCUCUGCACCUUCUCCCUCCUCUCUACCCACACCGACGGGCCGCUCCAGAUCGGCGUCACCACCAACGGCCGAGGCUGUAAGCUCGCCUCCCGCAUCCGACGGGAUGUCGCGGCUUCGCUACCCCCGAACCUGGGAACCGCAUGCGCCCGGCUGGGUCAGCUGCGUCGUCGUAUCCAGCAGGAGGACCGUCUGGCAGUAGCCGCAGCCGCUACUGCGUCGGCAGCUCAACGGGAGGAGGCCGAUCAUGACGAUGACGGAGGCCACGACGUUCACGAUGCAGAUGAUUCGGUUGAGCAGUCCGCCUCGUUUAACCGUCUCGUGACCGAAGAUGACGCUGACGCCGCAAAGACCCGCCGUAUCCGCUGGCUUUCCCAAGUAUGCGAGUAUUGGCCGCUCAAGCGACUCGCCGCCAUCUCCGACGCGGACGUCGAAGCCGUCCUUCGCUCGUACGCCACUCCAAACGCGCACGAGUCUGCCCUGUCGCACAUUGCUCCCGCCUCACCAUCUCCCCCACCUUCGUCACCGCCCGUACCAACAUCCGCGUCCGCAUCAGCACCACCAUUCCCACCACCACCACCACCACCACCACAACCACCAACCCCCUCUCCCCAAUGCGGCCUCAUCAUCCUCGCCGGCAGCGGCCCAGGCCACCCCGACCUCCUGACUCGCGCAACCCACAAGGCAAUCCAAACCGCCGACCUCAUCCUCGCCGACAAGCUCGUCCCCUCGGCAGUCCUAGACCUCGUCCCGCGCCGCACGCAGGUCCGCAUCGCCCGCAAGUUCCCCGGCAACGCCGACGCCGCACAGGACGAGCUCCACGCCGCCGCCCUCCACGCGGCGCGGGACCAGGGCCUCGUCGUCGUGCGCCUCAAGCAGGGCGAUCCCUUCCUGUACGGCCGCGGCGGGGAGGAGGUGGCGUAUUUCCGCGCACACGGCGUCCCCGCCGACCGGGUCGUCGUGUUGCCGGGCGUCACGAGCGCGUUGUCGGCGCCGCUCUUCGCGGGCGUGCCGGCUACGAUGCGCGACGUGGCGGAUCAGGUGCUCGUGUGUACGGGGACGGGGAAGAAGGGGCGGGCGCCCGAACCGCCUGGCUAUCGAGCGGCGCGCACGGCGGUGUUUUUGAUGGCGUUGCAUCGGAUCGAGGGGUUGGUGGACGAGUUGACGUCGCAUGUCGAGAAGGAGAAGGAGGGGACGGAGGGGGGACGCGGGGAGAGGGUGUUGUGGCCCCGGGAUACGCCUUGCGCUGUUAUUGAACGGGCUAGCUGUCCUGAUCAGCGGGUUAUCCGGACGACGCUGGCCUUUGUGGCGCAGGCUAUCGAAGCGGAGGGGAGUCGCCCACCUGGGCUGUUGGUUGUUGGGAAAGCCUGCGAGGCCUUGUUUGCGCCGGAGAAGGGCAGAGUUUGGACUGUCGAGGAUGGAUUCAGGGGGUUGGACUUUGGGGAGGAUGUGGUGUUGCCUGCCUGACAAGGAACAUGAGUGUUUGUCUCUCUGGUCCGUCCUUGGCCUGCUGCCUUCCAUGGCUUUCGUUAUCAAAUUCCAAGUGGUCAGCAAACUGUUAUGAGUUCAAUGUUACCAUAUUAUACACAAGGACAUGAUCACAGCAAAACCUCCACCACUUUAUGCACCCACUCUGUGAACUCAAGAUGAAAUACCAUACAAACCAUCCACGA